AUGGCUGAACAUAUCGAUAAAAAUCGUUUAAAUAAUAAUCUUCGUUAUCGUUUUGAUUAUAUAUCAAAAUUUCUUAAUUUUACUAAAGAUGAUAUCGGACUUCUUAAUACAUUAGCACCAAUUAUAUUUCCACGUAUUCCAUUUAUUGUUGAAACAAUUUAUAAAAAAUUAUAUUCAUUUGAUAUAACAAAACAAUAUUUUCUUAUGCGUAAUGAUGAUUUUGAUAGUUUUUCAUCAAAUGAUGAAACAAAUGUAUCUGUUAUAUCAGCACAAACAGAUUUUCGUAAAGAUAUGUUAAGUGUAUAUUUAAAACGUAUAUUUAUUCAAACAGAAUGGAAUGAUUUAUUUCUACAAUAUUUAUCACAAAUUGGUGAAAUACAUACAGAAUCUGAUCAUACAGAAUCAACAAAUGUUGAUUAUAUACAUAUAAAUAAUUUAUUGGGAUAUUUAGAACAUAUUUUAAUUGAUAUUAUAUGGAAUACAGAUAAUCUUGAUAAAAAUAAAAAAUUUUCAGGUAUACGAGCAAUAAAUAAAUUUUUUUGGAUUCAAAAUGAUUUUUUUACAAUGCAUUAUGGAAUAUCAUUAAAACAAGAUUCAAUUCCAAAUAAUCCAUCAAAAAAACAAGCACAUUGUUCUUUUAAAUAA